GUAGAUCGAUUGAAGAUGAACACAGACAUAACUGCCUUGGAGAAGCCCCAAUACCCAGUCGUAGAUCGGAAUCCUCCAUUCACAAAAGUCGUCGGAAACUUCAGCGUCCUCGAUUACCUCCGUUUCUCCACCAUCACCGGCGUUUCCGUCACCGUCGGCUACCUAUCAGGGAUCAAGCCUGGAAUCAAAGGACCGUCGAUGGUAACGGGAGGGCUGAUCGGACUCAUGGGUGGAUUCAUGUACGCUUACCAGAACUCUGCGGGUCGACUCAUGGGGUUUUUCCCCAACGAAGGCGAGGUCGCUAGUCACCAGAAGCGUCGUGGCUCCUUCAAUUGAAUCUUGGGUUUUCCUUCAUCCUUUAAAAAAAAAAACUAUCUUUUUCUUGUAAUUGGAUUCAGUUGAGGAUACGUUUGCCUCUGUUUGUCUGUUAGGAUAGACUUUUGGUUAAUAAAAACUUGAGCUUGCUCGAAAAUGUGUGAACGGUUUAUGUUAUUGCUAUGUUGCUUUGAGGAUUCUUUACUGCUGCAGUGAGACUAUGUCAGUAUGUUCUCUAUGUAGCAUGGGCUUGAUGAUGAACAAGUAGCAGAUUAAUCUGGAAAUUUCAGUCUCUGCCUUGGUUUGAAAUCAUUUUUGUGUUUUGC